CUGCAAGGGUUGCUCCGUACUUUUACAUUAUGUAUCAACAACAUGAAAUGGCUCGGUUCGCUUUGAUGGCGGCCCUGAACACCAAUGUUUGGAAGGCAACAUGGGAACCCAAACGCCUGCUGCAAUACGUUUUGCCAGCAAGGUGGCAAGGUUUCGUUGCUUAGAUUCAGUCCCAGAUGCUGAUGAGGCACAAAAACAGGAAAUAGAGGUUCUUGAAAGUAUUUACGCUGAAUCAUUGCAGAUUCUGAGCGAGGAGGGUGAGAGGCCCAUGCUUUUGCGUGUCGAAGUGCCCGUUGCCUUAGACAGUGGUUCAGUCCAACUACUCAUUGAAACGGCUGAGGGGCAGGUGCCAGCAGGGUCUGUGGAAGAGCUUCCGCCAUGCGUUCUGUUUAUCGCGCUACCACCUCAUUGGCCAUUAGCGGGACCAGCAACAGCUGCCAUGGUGCUGGAGGCCCCUCACAUGGGCAGCUCUGAGUUAGAAGCUCUCGAGUGCAGUCUUGAAGAUGAAACCAAGCAAGAGAGCAGCGUUUUUGACUGGGUUUGCAAGCUGCAGGAGCAUCUCCAUGUUGAAGACCAACUCCUGCUGUCUUCGGAGAUGUUCCGUGAGGACAAUCCGAUGGAAGUAGCAAUGACUUUGCUCUCGCACAACCAGCGUGCAAACCACGAAAGGCGCCAACGUGAGAAUCAGGUGUGCCCAGUGUGCUUCGAUGAACUUCCUGGUUCCAGAGGAGUUUUUCUAUCGUGUGGGCACUUCGGGUGCCACGACUGCUUGCAGCAGAUGGCAAGGCUUUACACUUCGGAGGGUGAUGUGACAGCGCUGCGCUGCCCAGUGCCAGACUGCAGAGUCCCGUGCUUUGAUGCCGACGUCCUGCGGCAGCUCUUGGGUUCCAACUCCAAGUUGCUUGAGAAAUGGGAGGAGCUGAGCUUGAAGCAUUGCCUGGACUCGAUGGAGGAUGUUGUGUAUUGCCCCCGCUGUGAUUUGGAGGGUGAUGGGCAGCGAGUUCCUUGCAUCCAAGACAAUGAGCACAUGGCCACAUGCGAAGUCUGUGGCUUCACCUUUUGCGGUAAAUGCCGAACCGUAUACCAUCCAGGCACUGAGUGUGCCUCUGUGGAUGAUCGAUUGGACGCCCUGGAAGCGAGAGCGGCUGGGAUUGGGCCAGAGGCAAAGGCUGCACGCGCUGAAUUGUUGACCUUGCGGCACCUGGCCAAAACAACCAAAAACUGUCCAAAGUGCAACUUUGGAAUUGAGAAGAGUGAAGGCUGCAGCAAAGUCCUUUGCGGGAACUGCAAAACUCACUUUUGCUGGCGAUGUGGCAAGACCAUCACUGGCUACGACCAUUUUGCCACCAGCGAUUGCCGCCUGUUCGACGAUGAUGAAAUCCGCCGUUGGAAUCAGAGGGUGCAUCAGGUGGACAAAGCCCAAGCGAGAGCUCAUGAGGCUCGCUUCUUGGCCCAGUUUAUGGACCCGGAGCGGCUGAGGGAGCAAAGCCGGGAGUGCCCUCGCUGCAGGGCAGCGGUGCUGAAAGAGAGCAAGAACAAUCACCUCCGUUGCUAUGCUUGCAUGACGCAAUUCUGUGCGAGAUGUUUUGAAGUGCUGCCCAAAGGCAAAGCCAGUGAGCACUUCAACAAACUCCGGAGUUGCCCGCAGCACUCUGACGAGUAGGAAUCCUGAGCAAUCUCGGUAACGUGGUGAUGGCAGCCAGAAUGGCCAACCCUCCACAAUGUGGUGCAGCUGUUGUGCACAGUGACAGUGUGCAGUAGAUAGUGUAUCUCAUUUGGAUUUUCCCUUGUGUACAGUGUCCAAGGCCAUAA